CCCAACCCCUUUCCGUAUCCACCUCUCAUGAGUUACAAUGGCUUCCUUAGUUCCAGAGACUUUGGAUAACCCACCUAGGCCUUCAGGUGAUGGAUCUGGGAAGAAUAUUGCAGGGUCUGGGAGGGAAAGCAAGAGCCUAACUAGCUGUAGGAAAAACGAAACAGAAGGGUGGAGAAUUGAGACCGGGAACCGGGAGUUCCAUGGCCCAAUUCAGCCUCCUAAAUUGUGCUGGCUGACCCUAAACGGACAACCCAGAGGAAGGUGUGGUGGCUCUCAAAAUGGAAGCCCUUGGUGGAGCUCUUUGAGAAGAAGGGGCCUGGUUGAACACUAAGUGAUCUUCAAGGAGAACUAGUAGUUGAAAUGAAGUACAGAGGAAUGAUGGAGACCCACUUUUGCCAACCUGGAGCUUUGCAGAUGGUUUUGGUCAACAACUCCCAGCAGCUCCAGUGGCAGCCCAAAACAUCUGGAAUGGUCCAGGCCUGCAAAGGCUGAUGGACUCCACAAAUCAAUGCCACUCAUAAGAAAGCUGGACCCAUGUACACUGUCAAAGUUUUUCACCUUUCUCAUCAGCUUCUUCGCUGCCUAUCAGCCACUCUCCAUCUGUCACAUUCUCUCAGUUCCUUUAUCCAAACCCACUUCCAAGCUUAUAUAUCUUGACUCUCUCAAGGUCAAGUUUGAACGAAUGGCUGGUUGGCUAGCUUAUUAGUAUCCUUAACAAACUGCAUGGCCCAAUAGGAUUGACCUCAGCUAUACACAUCAAUGCACCCCUCCCCCCAAAAAUCACCCUGCCUAAAAAAAAUAAAACACACUCCAAAUAAUUCAAGGAUAAAGCACAAAAAGAAAACCAGUAAGAAAAGGCCUAUCAUUCAUCCAGUUCACCUUUAAAAGGCCUUGGUAAAUGAAAAGGUCUUGGACCUAUCAGUAAAUUUUAUUGGAAAGGGGUGGGGAGUAAUAACUGUUGGGUAGAAUAGGUGCCACUACUGAAAAAGCUUUGUGUGGAGAUAUGUUGCAUCCAGUGCUUUUUUUUUCUUUCUUUUAAAAUGUUUAGGGAUACUCUCAUUUUCCUACUCAUAUUGAAAUACUGCCCCUCAAUGAGGCCAAACUUAGAUUCACAAAAUGUUUAGGGGUAUGUGUACCCCUGCGUCCCCCCAGAAAAAAAGCACUGGUUGCAUCUACAGAGAUCUUCCUUUCCUUCUUUUUGCAAAACUAUUGCCCAAUCUAUCUGGAGAUCUACAGGUGGUCAGUUUAGCUUACUAGUUAAACUGGUCAUUCUUUUGGGUCGUCACUAUGUUCCUCUCAAACAAGUCCUCUAGACUUGAGAGAGAGUGUUGUGGGUGUGGGUGUGUGCAUGUGUCUUAUCUCAUUUGUGCUGGAGUAUGGAGAAAGUCAGCAAAAGUGACAAUCUCUCCUACUGUUCUAAAGGAGCUCGCCACUGUUUCAUACUUACUCUAAAUCACAGCACAAAUGAGAUCUCUAGGGAGGAUAUCUGUAGUAUCCAGAGACUCAGAGUAGGAUGUCUCCAGCAAGCAAAUGAGUGGAUUUGCUGCCAUUCGAUCCUGACCCUUUGGGUUGUACACUCACAGGUGAUGAAGGGAUCCCAGGUCUCCCUGCCCCGCUGCAACAGGGCAAGCCCCUCCCCAUUGCAGGAAGUGGUACCAAGCCUGGGGGAGGGAACCCCUCGCAAGACUUUCUGCUUCCUCCACCUCUUCUGCCGUCACCCCAUCUCUUUAGCCAGGCAGCUCCACACAACACCUCUCCCGGAGUUGUCUACAGCUUGCCCGGCUCCACCGCAGCAACCACCUCAUCACCCCCGAGGCUGGUCCAAACUCUCCCGGGCUCCUUCCCAGAUAUCUAUGAUGGAGACAUGAAAAGGUGGGAGGACCAUUUCCGCAGCAUCCAGAGAGCCUACAAAGAGUUUGGCAAAGAGGAUGACUUUGCGAUCCGGGUGCUCACUGAAGAUUUCACCCUCCCGUUCCCUUUCGCCUGGCCCAGCAAGGGCGAGGCGUCCCGGCAGCUGGCGUACGACCCCUCGGACUGCUCCGGCUUCGAUUUCUUCCUGCACCCAGGGCAACCGGUCCCUCACCUCCUCCAGCCACUGCAUGCCACCACCCAGGCAUUCUUCAAGAAGAGGCGUCUGGAGCAACUGGCUCUCAGUUACGCCAGCAAAGCGUCCCUCGCCGGUGCUCCUGGGCUGCCCACGCAGCAAGAAACGAGUCCCACCUUGCGGCCGGACAUCAUGGUCAUCACCAGCAUGCCCUGCGUGGCUGCCGCGGCAGCUCCCGGCGAGCCACCUUUCCUCCUGCAAGACGGCAAAGGCCACAGGAACAUCCAACCUGCCCCAAUAGCUAUCCCAAGCUCAGCACCAAUGCAGUCCAUCAACCUUCAGUUCAUGAGCCCCACGCACCAUGGGCAGUUUUAGUCCUCUUGGACAUUUUAGAUCAAAGGAAGGCAACUUGAUGCUCUCCAGGUAUUGAGCUCCCAUCAGCCCUUGCAGCUUGGAUAUUAGUCAGAGGUGAUGGAAACAUCUGCAGGGCAUCAUGUUGGCCACCACUCUUCCAGAUGUUAGCAAUAGUCCUGAAGCAGGACGUAUUUUUAAGACUUUUUUAAAGACCCAACACCUUCAUCCCAGCAUUGGUGCUCUGAACAUCUAACUGAGGCUAGCAGCUGAGCUGCUAAACACUUUGCGUACGGCUACAGAUGUCCACCUUGCAACCCGAGUCUGGCUCCCUAGAGAGGACAUUAAUAAAAAAAGCUUUCUGUCUCCCACUCCG